UUUCAUUCUACUGUUGCAGGAUACAUAAAAAAUUCAGUUGUAUUGUCGAAAAAUGAAUCUUACUUCGCAUAUCUUCGUGAGUUCCUGAUUCCUGCCGUUGGAUAUGAUUCUGACUGGUUGCUUUGCUACCGAGCCUCUUCACAUGGCUGGGCAGGCGAUGCCUUCCACACUCGUUGCGAUGGAAAGAAAGAUAUGAUAACAAUUAUUCAGAAAGACCAGUAUGUUUUUGGUGGGUACACUGACAUUCCCUGGGGUAAGAAACUGUGUCCACUUUAAACAUAAUAAUGACCAUCUUACCCGCAUAUAGUCUGCCUAUCGAUGUCACAUCUCAGUGUCAAACAUAAAAAAAGUAAAGAAUCUCUUGGCGAUAGUCGAAAUUAUUCUCAACUGAUCUAGUAUCUUCACUCCUCUUCUCCGCUCUACGUCAGUCAAUGUAUGCGAACAACACUUAGCAAACGUGCCCUCUCGUUUUCGGAUAACAAGAUUAAAAGUUCCAAUGUCAAAUGUACAUGUGGGAAAUCCAUGGAGACUACUUAAUGCGUGAAUUCAGACUUUAAAAGAAUAUCGAUAUUAUCUAAGACGUUUUUUCAAUCAGCCACUACCUACCAGUUCAUGACUGCACUCAUGUUGCAGCUCCUUGAAUCAAUCUUUGGAUAUCUUACAUCAACCUUCUCCGACAGAUUUGUAACCAGGUUUUAUAUCCAGUGUUAUAGAUGGAAAUCACGAAAAGGACUCACGCAUACGUAACCGUUAGAAAGUAAUAGUGCCCUCACAAGUUCAUGUACAGAUAUGUAAUGUAAAAUCAGUACUAUAACCCUUAACUUCAAAACAUGGUGCAAGUAGAUUAUGCCCUUUCUAUCUUGAAGAUUUCGUGAAUAAUAUUAAAAACCGAUUAUCCGAAAAAAAUGCUAUUAAUGAUGCAUUGAAUUAAAAUAUUUUGUAUGCAGCUUGUCCUCCGGGAGCAAGAACAGAGGACCCGUCAGGCCGCUGUUGUGUAUUUCCUUUCAAGUAUAGGAACCAUACCUACAACUACUGUACAAAGAGGGGCUCUGUUCUUGGAAGGUGGUGGUGCUCAUUCGAUGCUGUCUUCAAACAUGACUGGAAUUAUUGUGGUAUGAAUAAUAUAAUUUUCAUGAUACAUACAUAUCAGUAUUUUUCUCUUUCGCUUUUUUCAGUCUUAAUAACUUCAAGUCGAAAAAUAUGCUUCAAAUAAGUCAUUACAUGAUUUUCUUUAACUGCGGCUGUAUGUUGCUAGCUCUUAUAGAAUAAGUAAUCUCGUUAAAAAUUUUUUUAUGCAAGAAUUGCAAUUUUUUUUUUAUUGUCUUGGCCUGUAGAUAAUGAUCCGUACAAAGGAUACCGUAAGACAGACAAGGCUUUUAUUUUUUCGCUGGAAAAUAAAGAAGGAUUGGCGCCGUUUAAGAGUAUGGUGAAGCAAGAUUCCCGAGCCAUUUAUAUGAAGAUAACUUACGGUCCAACAUUUGGUGGAGGCUUCGAUAUUUAUAUCGCUAACAACGCAGGUCAUAAUGCUCGUUCGUACACCAACUUUGGUCACUCUUUCUUGGCUCCAAGAGAAGUAAAGGAAAAGGAUACAGUGUUAGCUGGAGCUAGCCAUUUUACUCCUGACGAGGUAGAAGUGUUCUAUCUCUCUUAG